CGAAGGACCUGGCCUUACCUACGGCCACUGGCCCAUGGACACGUGCAGAUGCACUCAUUGUACCGCACUCCGACGUUUGUUUGACCCCGUAGGCAACUUCAAGAUCAGGAUACUUCAGCUCUCACCUGUGCCACCUGGGUCCGAAUCCCGGCAGCGGAAGUUCCUGAGGGGCAAAUUGGGUUACACACUCUUUUCUAUUCUCUUUUAUUCUUUGUCCUCUCUGCCAGGUCUGCCCUUCUCGUCGUUGCAGCCUUGUUACAUCUGUGGAAGUAGCUCGUUCAUUGGGUUCUGUGUCAACACAAUCAAUUGGGCAUGUAUGCUCAAUUGACGGUACUGUGAUCAACGCAUAGUCAAACUGGUGCGGCAAAAGAAGGUUGCCACAUGCAGUUCACCAUGGUCGUGUAAUCGGAGUCGAGUUUGUUUGUCCUGUUUGCAGUGAAACCCCAUGGCCUCUCCCUACCGUCCAUAACUGCUCCGAUAUUAUACCAAACAAGACCUCCGGACUCAGUAUUGUAGAAAAAGAUGAACCCAUUAUCAGCCCGACACUUCCAUCUGAUCUGGCAGGGUCGAGGCUUUCUAACGACAACGUCGAAAAACUUGCGGUGGACAUUACACGGCAUCUGUGCGACUUCUUCAAAGUUGCUGUAUGGGCACUCUCUUUCGCAUGCUCCGACGACCUCGAAGAUAUGGAGGCUGAAGGGUUUCUCCGAAAACGUGGACACUACAUACAAGCAAUCGUCUGCUUGUACUAAUCUCGGUGCCUCAUAGUUAGAAAGCCAGUGCAGUACAUAUUUCCAGCUUUGGGUGUUGAAAUCGAAGCCUGUGAUUCGCGGUCUCCAGUAGCCUGCCCAUCUGUUCUCUGCGGCGAGCCACAUUUCGUUCUGAAGGACGGCGCAUGAGACGGCUCCAGGGAAUGCUGAACUGAUUGGUCGCAGGUCAUUUGGAAGCGACCUCCAUCCUACCCAUGCUUGUGCCUUGGAAGUGAAGACUGUGACGACCAUUGCAUUGGCUUCCUCAUCCCAACCGGCGAGAUACAGUGCGUAGUUGCUUGCGCGUGUGCGUAUCUUCAAGUGUGCAACGGCAAAUCUGAGCGCACUUGGCAUGGGAGGUAGUACACGCGUUUUCCUUGUCAGAGAAUUACAAAUGACGAUAACUGGUUGUGGCUGAAUGCUCUUCCUAGCGGAAAGUAUUUCUUGUGCUUGUGUAGUCUUCUCCCUCCACCGAUACUGAUAUUGACUGCUGGUGACACACAUCAAUCCUCCCGAUCCAGCAAGCACAUGUUUUACAUCGUGGGGAAGGAAAUCGAGCCCCGGCAUUGGCUUCCAGCUUUGGCUCUUCACACCAAAUGCCGACAUGCGGCCACUUUCAGACGUGGCGAAGAUCGGAAAUAAGCACUCUACGGAUCGAUGUUCCUGCAGGAGUUGGGGAGGUGAAUCCAUCACUUGGUUUUUUAUGAACCUCCUACAGUGCUGUACCACUUCAAUGAGCUUCAUAAUUGGAAGUUUGGAGAUUAUUAGGGCUACGAGAAGAGAAGGAAGCUCUUGCCAUAUAUGCGGGUCUAGUGGUUUAAGAUAGUAGGAGUCCAUUAUGCGUGCACAUUGCUGACCUUCCUUCUUGCACCAACUCAUAGCGGACUGCAGGCGUCCUCUAUUUUGUGCCCUUCACCGUUAUCAGUGUUUGUGGGGUACUUUAGAUUGACGUAGUUUGCCAGAACCGGAAAAAUCCUUGGACUGGGUGAGGUUUGAGGAUCUACUUUGAGGAUUCUGAGUUCAAAUAUCGUGUGUUACUUGAGUACAGAUUUUAGAGACUUGCUCAAUUGGUGACAUUCUGACGUUUAAACCAGAUUUAUCUACUUGCAACAACCUAUUUUCUGCAAUUCAGGGCAAUUGAAACCCUUUUGCUGAAGGAAGUACUCUUAGUCGCAGCAGAGGUUAACUCUCUCUUGGACGAGGAAAAAGGAUAUUGGAACCUUGAACCGCAUCUUUGCCGCGUCUGGAAACUUGGGAAAAUUAUGAUUGAAGUGCAAUAGUACGUUUGCGUACUCCAUUCAGAGAUGACUUUAUUGUCCUCUUUCCUUCAUUUUUGACCGAUUCCGCUUACAUUAGAGCUCCACCCUUUACAUGUCAUCUGGCCGCUCUGCAGACGCAAAGGCUAAUCGUUUGGUACGAAUGCACCCACUGUUACACUUGGAGGAGAGAUAUAUGUAGAUAACAGAUAUGAUUCAACAUUUGAUAACUUUUUAGGGGAGUCCGUUCAUAUCAUGUUUUCCUAGUGAAUGCAGGGGCUUCAUCACAAAGGCAAAAUCUCUUCACUACUUGCAAAGAACCUUUCAAAUGUAAAAUUCAGUUGAUUACUUAACUUAUGGAUAUGCAAGCCAGACGAUUCAUUCUUUUUCCAUCUGUUGCUUUCGGGGACUUGUUUUAUAACCUGGGUACAUGAAGUCACCAGGUCACUUGGACUCGGGACAGAAGGUCGACGGAUGCGGAGGGGUUCAAAGGUCAAAUGACUCAACGGAAAGGAUUUCACAAGUAUCAAAGCCCUGGUGUAAUUGAUCGUGCAUCUAUCAUGGUACACCAAAGGGUGAAAAUGCACAGCUCAACUGCCCCCACACAUCCCAGAUGACAGAACUCACAUAAUCCUUGUGCGGAGGGGUCUGGAUGUGUCUACAUGUCAAGUGUUUUACAAUGCCUUUCUUUAUUUUUCAUGCAGGUUUCCUUGCCAAUACCGGAACAACCAAAGGCCAGACCUUAAAGCAAGUUAAUAGCUUUGGCAUACAGUCUGCUUCAAUCUUUGACACAACAAGUGCGUAACCAGUGCCGACAUCAGUGCUCUGAAUCGUUGAAGCAGAAGCCUAGCAGCGCCUUUUGAAGUCUCCUGAAGGUUGAACAAGUGGCUUUGUUCAGUAUAGCAGAACAAAUCCAUUGACGACACUUUGGGAAUUUCUACAUACCUGAUCAUGUUCUGGGGCGACGCUUAGAAUUUUCAGAAGAUGUGUGCUAUUGGGGUAUGGGUGUAUGUAUUGUGGCAAUCAGCUGGGCUCACCAAUUAAGUAGUAGGGUUAUUGAAGAGUUUACAGUUCCGUGCAAAUGAGACGGUAGCUGGGUGAGUGAUCUCGACAGGGACGACAUUACAGGGUUUCGAUUUUGCCAAUGUCCUGCUGCUGGUCCAAGGCAGCAGUGGACGUAGUGGGUCAUGAAUUUAACACCGAGCCGGAGACUAUCUUCCUCAGGCCAGGUCGAUCAUUAGGUCCCUCACCGCAGCCACUUGGCAAUGAAAGUGCGAAACGGAGUAUUUGCACCAAAUAUGUGAAUGCUAUCGCUCAAGUUGAUUUCCCUGACAAACUAAGUUCACAAAAUGUGCAGAAGCGAUACCAAACUAAGAGUCCAGUUGGCACGAUUUCUGACCUUUUGCAACCUCAUAAUCCAUUGGGCACCGCGAACUGUAUUAACUUAAUCACAGUCGAUGCACCAGGUGAUUUAUCCCAUGAGCUUAAUGAACAUCUCCCUGAUUAUGGAACAGAAUUUCAUAAAUCAGAAGCAAGUGCUCUCCAUGCGACGCCAAAAGAUGGUGCUGAUAGUAUCCUGAGGGAUGUCACCCUUGCCUCCGACAUCGUUGGCAAGUCCUACUUUCCAGUGAUAACGGACUUGAAGAGCGGGGAACUCUUUGCAUUCAACGGUAACCAACUGAGCUUCCAAGUCCAGGGGGAUUCAGAAUGGCUUGCUAUGCCAGGGAUAGAUUUUCUCCCGAAAGACGUGGUGGACAUCAUAGCGGGAGACGGAGGUCUUCUGUGUGUCAACGGCGGGAUUCAGCCUCGGAAAAGGAACAUCCAUACACCGCCGAUUCCACAUGCUGACGAUUACAAUCAUAGUUUGUACCCACAACAAUCUAUCCUUGUUGUGUGCAAUCCGCUUACUAAAGAGAUAAAGUUCUUGCCUCGUCACACGAACAAGAAAUUGGAGGAUAAAAUCGCGUGCUUAGAAAUCCUACGUAGCAACCCCAGCAGCGGCGACAACAAAUCUACGGCCAGGUUGAGGUACAGGGUGCACGUUGUGGGCAGUCAUCAUGAGCGAUCGAGUUUGAGUGGCCCAGCAAGUGAUGAACUCAUUUUCAUGACAUACGAUUCGCGCUCCGAUACAUGGAUCUCUGGGAUGGCUGUUGGGAGAACAAGGAUACAAAGCUUGUCGAAGACAGGGAUAGCGAGGAGGGAAGAUGGUUUCUACCUUGGUGGUCAAGAAGAGGUUGAAGAAGUGACGACUUCGACUAGGAAAGGAUCUGAGCGGAAAGGAACCGAGCGAAUGAGCAGAAGGCAACACUCAGUUGCAGCAAUGCCUCGAGGCCGCCGUAUCUGGAUCAACAAAAUAUUUUACGUCCAAGCGUCAACCCUCAAAUGGCACUCCGUCGAUUUUGAAAUUCUGGGUGAAGACGGAAUGCCUCAUCCUGAGCCUCUGCAAGCUCCGCGCGUUGUGCAGUGUCGAGCUGGAGGUCCAGUAUACGCAGUGACGAGAGCACUAGAGGCAGCAAAAACGAUCGAAAUUUACGAGGUGGAGAUCGUCAACGGAUUCCCGACCGGUGUGUUCAAUCCAGUGACCAAAAUGCCGGAUGACAUCUUCAUGAACCUGUUCGAGAGCGAGACGUCGAUGAGAGAGUAUGACUGUGCAGGUGACCACGACUACAUUUGCUUUCUGGUGGGUCCUCCGAAUCAGUCAACAAUAGGAGUUUGUGAUUUGGGAGCGCAGAGGUGGUUUAUGUCCAUCUUUCCUUCUGAUCCCACCGGCACUGGACAUUAUGCGUUGAGCAAAAGCCACUGGAGUCCGAACCCGAAGGCUCAGCCGUGAAGGCAAGGCAGCUUCACAUCGUCUUCCAGAGAUGAAUCCUAAUUAUCUCAGCUCUAAAGAGAAUGUUGCUUCACAUUGUCUUUCAUAGAUAAACGCUGAUAACUCAAGUGUGAAGCCUAAAGUUUCAUGAAAUAUUUUAUACAAAAAUCUCUAUUCUGCUUUCUUUGAUGUUUGAUAAGUUGGAGUCUUCAAUCAAAGGAAUUGUAUUACGCAGUUCCAACCGAUUGUUAAUUCU